AGGCUUGGGUCGGGGUAAUAAAUUAAACAUCAGGUCCUAAAUUAUGAAUUUUCUUUGAGGGUGGAGGACCCGGAGCGUCUGUAUCUUUAAUAGUGAUGAGAGAGAUGGAAGAGGCUGCGCGUUCAUGGUUCCUUUUCUCGCUUCGCGGCGUCGGGAACGCGCAGUAGAGCCCACCCUCGCAGGUUGGAAAAAAAGCGCCUUCGGACCGCAACAGCGACUCACCGGAAAAAAUGUUCCCUCCACCGCCCUUUACCAACGCUGUCGAUGUCUGCAAAAGUCAUGUGAAAGGAUCCGCAACCUAAGAGGAGGACUCUCUUAAAAAAAGUUUUUUUCGACCAUUAAACUUGUUUCUCUUAAAAGUUUUUUUCGACCAUUAAACUUGUUUCUCUUAAAAGUUUUUUUCGACCAUUAAACUAGUUUCUCUUAAAAGUUUUUUUCGACCAUUAAACUUGUUUCAGAGGAUUGGAAACCUCGGGAAGUGAUUAAUAACACACAGGAAUUGAAGUUAACAUUGGACAGGUGCAGAAAAUGGCGAGACAGCUCCUGCAGCACCUUGCCCUGUGGACUACUGUGGUUGGCAUUGUGCAGUGCUGUCCAGAGCUCUGCAGCUGCCAGGAUAAAUUUGCCCAGCAGUUUGCUGAUUGUGCUUACAAAGACCUGCUGGUAGUACCUGUGGGUUUCCCCACCAAUGUUAACACCGUGAGCCUUUCUGCCAAUAAGAUCAAAUUUCUGAAAAGUAAAAGCUUCAUCAAUAUCACACAGGUCACCUCUCUCUGGCUGGCCCACAAUGAGAUAGUUACUAUAGAAGCAGACACCUUGGCUGGUCUGAUCCAGCUCCGCAACCUGGACAUCAGCUACAACAAAAUUGUGAACUUUCCAUGGGAGGAACUGCACAACCUUACAGCCCUGCAGCUCCUGAAAAUGAACAACAAUGAGAUGGUGAGCCUUCCAAAGGACGCAUUUUCCACCCUGAAAGACCUGAGGUCGCUGCGCAUCAACAACAACAAGUUUACCACCAUUGUGCAGGGUACCUUCAGUGCUCUCUCCUCCAUGGCCCACCUUCAGAUUUUUAACAACCCCUUCAAAUGCUCCUGCAGCCUGGAGUGGUUAAGGGAUUGGAUCACGACAACCGAGAUUUCUGUCCCUGAUACAUAUUCCAUUUUAUGUGAUGCCCCUGAACACCUGAAGGGCACAAUGGUUACAGCGAUUCCCAAACUGGACUGUAAGGCCCCUACUGUCACAACUGCCUAUCAGCCCAGCAUUGAGAACACAGAGCUCUAUGAGGGUUCGACGGUCAUCUUAAAUCGUGAGACAAAAGGGAGCCCCACACCACAGGUCAUUUCGGAGGUGACUGCAGGAAAUCAGAAUGAGUUAGGUGGGGCAGAGAGCAAUGUUAAAGUGGUAAUGGCAUUAAGCCUCGGUCUUAUGCUCAUGCUCUGAAGGGGAAUGUGCGAGUUGAGAGCGUAGACCAUGAUGAUUCAACUGAGGCUCAGGUAACAGCCUUUCUCCAUGACAAAUACAUAUCCAUAAACAGACACAAUAUUGAGGCAUGUCACAUUAUUCCAUCAAGAAACCAGAGUGACAAUCACAUUGUCAUUGUACGCUUUCCUAACAGAAAGCAUAAAAUUGACCUGCUCAGACAGGGCCGCAAAUUGAAGGGCACAAAUGUUUACAUCACUGAGCAUCUAAACAAAAUGAAUGCAGAUAUUGCAAGAAAGGCAAGGUUCUUGAAGAAACAAGGGAAGAUUCAAGCUACCUGGUCCUCCUAUGAGUUGGUUCAUGUAACUUUUUUAUUAUUUUAUUUUUCCAUUGUUAAAGCUUUAGUUUUUUGUUAUGUCUAAUAAUAUGACUAGUUUUCAUUUUUCCAGUUGUUCUGACAAUGACCUGAGUGCGCCUGAUUUUGAACAGAACAUUGAUCCAGAAAAUAACUUUUAUGUUAACAUAAAUAAUAACUGCAGCUAUUACACAGAGCAACAGUUCAAUAAUAACAUUAAAAUUGAUUACAGCAUAUCUAUCAUUCAUUUUAACAGCAGAAGUCUGUAUUCAAACUUCCAGAAUAUAAAGGAAUAUUUAGGACAGUUCAAGCAACCCUUUAAUAUUAUAGCUAUUUCAGAAACAUGGAUUAAUGCCGUUAGGGGCGUGGAUUUUGAGUUACAGGGAUAUGAAUUUAAGUAUGUGAAUAAACGGUUGUGGAGGAGGGGUGGCGCUCUUUAUUGAUAAAGGGCUAAUUUACAAGGUUGUUGAAAACAUGACAGUAAUCAUGGAUGAAAUAAUGGAGUGUAUCUCAAUUGAAUUAUGUAUGUAGUAAGUUGUGUAUAUAGGAAACCAGGAUCCAAUGUUGAAAUAUUCACAGAAAUAAUGGAAAAAAAUGUUUAAUAAAGUAAAGCAUAAAGUCAACUAUAUAUGUGGGGAUUUCAACAUUGACCUACUAAAUCCCAACAAACACAAAUCGACGGAAGAGUUUAUUGAAACACUGUAUAGUUUGAGUCUUUUUCCAACAAUCACAAAACCUACCAGAAUAACAUGCAAUGGUGCCACUCUGAUAGAUAUGUUUAAUGAAAGAAAUGGGGGAUAUCGUCUAAGAGGUCAUUGUAUGUUUACGCAACUUCUUGUGCUUAAACCUACUGUUAAAAGCAUGUGUGUUUCAGUUUGUGGGGUGACCUUAUGGAAUGGACUGAACAAUGAUAUCAAACAGAGACAGAAUAUCAUUCAGUUCAAAAAUAGAUUAAAGACAUCAUUACUUGAUCAAUACAGAAAAGAAUAAACUAAAACAUAGGAUUGGAAUUUGUAAUUUAAAGGUAUUGUUGUAUAUAAUUGUAUUGUUGUAAAUUACUGUAAGACCGAAAGAUUGUAUGCUGUAUUUGCAUAUCUAUUUUACUUUGUAUAAUAUAAUUUUGGGAAAUAAGGGGCAGGACCAAAUAAGCUAUUUGCUUCUGCCUGCUCCUUCUUGAACUAAUCCUUUUUAUGUUUUUUAUGUUUUUGCAACAUUGUUGAUUGUUGGAGAUAAACAAAUAAACUAACAGUGGACAAGAUCUCUCCAUCUGCAUCUAUUCAAUUGGAAUGAUAGAAGAAAAUAUUUGAGAACUCAACUUUCAAGGGCUACAACGAAGUCAUUCCCAAACCAAGGCCAGGAACGUGUGUAAAAAACAGCAGGACA